GGAUAAAGGAACAAGCCCUUCGGUUUAGUUUUGGUAUUUUCUCACAGGGCAAAGCAGGUUUAGCAGCUAUUUCCUGUCAGCUGAAACUCUGCAGCUCUAAAUUCCAGCUGUAUGUGUACAGCUCAAUUUAUGAAUUGUUCCUUAUAAAAAACCUAUCCUGUAUAAUCUCAAUGGGGACCUGUAUUUGAGGGCAAAAUAACCAUAUUAAAGCGAGACCAUGUCACUUUUUAAAGAACAAAAAACACACUCCUUCUUUUACAAAUGAAAAGUUGAAUUCAUAAGCAAUAAAACACACCACACCUCACUUGAAUACACUCAGGGCUUCUGCUGCUACAUCUUUACUUAGUCUGAUAUUACCAGGAGAUUUGGUUGCUAAACGUUAACAACAACUGAAAGUUAACAACCUUUAGAUAGAUAUUGCUCUGCAAGGGAUAUUACUGUGCCGGUUUUGACAUUCUGACUCUUCUCCACUGCUAUUGUUACCCUAUGUUUUAGAAUAUACCAGUAUCCCGUCACUUGGGACUACAAUGGCUACUGUUUACAAAAGUUCUUACUUUAAAGGGAUCGAUUGUAACAGACAAACAACAAACACAUAGGACCUGAGACACAGGACCUCCUCUCUACCAAUGAAAACCUGAGAAGAGGACAAAAUACACAAAUGAGACAAAACGUAGCAGAUGAAAUGUUGCAUAAGCACACCAUUCACACAGAUACGGAAGAAGGAAACAAACACACCCAAAGGGAGAGAGAGACAACAUGGACAACAUGCACACAGGGCAAAGUCUCGCUCGGCCUCCGUCCUCCAUGCCUGCUCCUGCAGGCUUCACCCGACUGGAGCAGAAUGAGCCUUUGAACACUCUACGGAUCUCUGUCGGAGGACUCCCUAUGUUGGCUUCCAUGGCCAACACCACUGACCCUCGUUUCCGCCUUAAAUGGAGGCCCAUUGUGGCAGUGGCCUUCUCCCUGGCUGUGCUUAUCCUGCUCUUCAUCCACUUAAGCAUGGGUUUGCGCUCCCACUCUUACGACUCACCCAGCUGGAGAGCCAUGCACAGUGACGCCCAGUGGUCCGAUUCCCAUUACAACGACACCUACCCUCUCAGUCGACCGGAGCAAACGCCACGGGGCACCCGCUACCGCAUUGGGGUCAUUGCCGAUCUGGACACAAGUUCUCGUAGUGACAAAAAGCUGACGUGGUUCAGCUACAUGCGACGGGGGCACCUGUUGCUGUCCCAAAGUGGUGACAAGGUAGCAGUUGAAUGGGAUGCGGACAGGGUGGUGCUUGAAAGCCACCUUUCGGAGAAGGGCAGGGGUAUGGAGCUGUCUGAGCUGGUGGUGUUCAACGGGAAGCUCUACAGCGUCGAUGACAGGACGGGCAUCGUCUACCAAAUUGAUGGUGACAAGAUUGUGCCCUGGGUCAUCUUACCCGACGGUGACGGCAGCGUUGCCAAAGGGUUCAAAGCCGAGUGGCUGGCGGUCAAGGACAAGCACCUGUAUGUCGGCGGUCUGGGGAAAGAGUGGACCACCACUCAAGGCGAGUUUGUCAACAACAACCCAGAGUGGGUCAAAGUAGUGGGCUUCCGAGGGGAUGUACAACAUGAGAACUGGGUUCCCAAGUACAAAUCCCUCAAGUCCGCUGCAGGGAUACAGCCUCCAGGGUAUCUCAUCCACGAGUCAGCAGCGUGGAGCGACAUCCUGCAGCGCUGGUUUUUCCUCCCUCGCCGCGCCAGCAAGGAGCGCUACGAGGAGACUGCCGACGAGCGUCGAGGCACGAACCUCGUCCUUAGCUGCUCGCCAGAUUUCAAGGACAUCAUUGUAAGUCGAGUGGGACCACUUAACCGCACUCACGGAUUCUCUUCCUUCAAGUUUGUCCCCAAUACAGAUGACCAGAUCAUCCUGGCUCUCAAGUCAGAGGAAGACGCCGGAAAGAUUGCCACGUACGUCACGGCCUUCACGCUUGACGGACGCAUCCUUUUACCUGAAACCAAGAUCGGGGAUGUAAAAUAUGAGGGCUUGGAGUUCAUAUAGACUGAAAGACUCCUUCUUGAGGCCACUGCACUGUUGUUUUAUUUUGUUUACAAUCAAGUCACUGUUGAAGUUACUGUACUCGCUGCUUCCUCAUUAAGACACAACUCCAAUCCUUAAAGGAUCGCCUUCAGUACGCAUAGAAGCUGAGACUGUAAAUUAUGGUGGUCUCGUUUUGGGUUUGAGAAAGUGCCAGUACGUCCUAGGACAAAUGUGGCCCUUAAGAGUGCUGUAGCCUUUCUUGUAAUGAAUGUACAAAUGAAUGAUUUAUCAGGCUGUGAUUUCUUUUCUUAAAACACACAGUUUCAUGCACAUACUGUACACUCUCAAAAGGUCAAAGGUUUUUUUCCCCUUUGCUCCAUGUCAAACAUUAUUCUGUACACAUCAAACAUGUUGUUUUCAUUUCACUAACUAAAGGUCUGUUUUUAUCCUUCAUAAAACUCAACAAUAUUUGAAGGAAAUUUUGGUGAAAAAUCCGUUGUGUAAUGUUUUGGGUGGGAUUACUUCUUUUAGUAAAAAUCUUGAUUCCUA